CCUCCGCCUUGCAUUCACCUGACCACCUGACUCUAUAUAAUAAGUCACUCAGUUCAGUUAGUUUCGCCCAUGGCCAUGCAAUCAUGACCCAAAUAUUCCUGAAAUUACUUCUAUUACUCUCGCAUGCUUUAUAUUCCGUACUUUUAAUGGUGCAGUCAAAUUGGUGUGCGGUUUUCAAAAAAUGCAGAAGAAUUUGUGAAUCAGUUAUCCUCUUUGAUAAACCCAUUUUACCAGAAAGUGAUAGUAUAAAUUUACUGGAGCAUCCUCAGGUUCCUCUUAAAAUUCCUAAUCACUUAGUAAUAAUAAUCGGAAAUGAGCCGAUUUCUUACUGUGAUUUAGUCAACUUUAUAACUUGGAGUUUACCCCAUGGCAUAGCAUUUAUUAGUUUUUAUGAUCACAAGAAUGGGUUGAUUGCAGAUCUGCUGUUCAAAGCUGUCGUAAAAUGUAACAAAAACAUUCUCUCACUUAUUAAAUGGGGAAGAGCAUUUGAAGAGAGCCUUAAAAUCAGUUCUAAACAAAUGAUCAAUGGAUUCAAGUGGUCUCCAAAAAUAAAAGUAAGCGUUCUUACUAAAGAAGACUCUAAAAGUUUUUUCGUCGAUACCGUUGUGAGGCUGUGCUCUACCACUUGUGAUAUUAGUCUUAUCAAUGAAUCAAUUAUCGAUGAAUGUAUCAAAAGUAGCCUUUUGACCUCAGAACCGGACCUAGCAAUAGUUUGUGGAAACACCAGUAGUUCAUUUGGUUUCCAACCAUGGCUCACCAGAGUUACAGAAUUCUUAAUGCUUCCAACGCACCACAAUAUACGCAUUAAGGAUUUUAACAAGAUAUUGUGUCAAUAUGGAGCUGUUGAACAAAGAUUUGGGAAAUGAUGUGCUGAUUUUGUCUGGUCUGCCAGAUACCUCAAACUCUGGAACUUCUGUCAGCUAAAUUCCUUUUUACAGUCGCUUUUCAACAAUGAGGAAGCAAAAAUCUGAAAUUACUAUGAAGCUCCUUCUUUUUGUAGUUUAUAAGCCUGUCAUAAGCCUUGUUGAAACUCCCUGUCAAAAAUGUCCCUCCCUUCGGAUGCCUUUAUUUUUAAUGGUAUUGCAAAGUAAGGCUGGGAAAGAGAUGUGUGAAAAAACGGCCAAAAAUGCCUCCACGUAUUUUCGAAGUUUGAGCGCUUGACAAGAUACUCCGGAGAUGCAUUAAACUGGUGGCAGUUUUGCUUGGAAAUGCUGGGUUGCGACGUUGCCAUGUUUUAUAGUGAAAACCUUCGAAAAUUCAUAAUACUCUGCAUCUCAACCGAUUUCAAUGAACUUUUUUUUUUUAAAAAAAAUGUUCCUCUUAAAUAAAACUUUCCAAUUAUGUAUAGUUUUUUGGGUUUGGUUGGCACUGGGCGGCAAUUACGCGGUUUUUGCAGUUUUGGGUAAACAAACAUUUGUGUUUGUACGAUUUAUCACUUACUAUAGUCUUGAAAUCCACGAAUCUGAACAAAAACCAUUCUAAAAGAAAGUCUAGCUGUUCACCUUUCUACCAAGCAGAAGAUCAUCCCGCGAAAAUGUUUGGUUUUGGAGGUACGAUCGCUCAAAGUUGGUUUUACACAAUCGAAAACCACUGACAGGGUUGCAGGGCGUUCAAUUAAUCGUGUAGCAGGGCUCUUUUAUAAUCCAUUUAUUACAAGGAACAGUCAGACAUUUGCAUCAGACAGUUUUUUCAGCUCAGGCUGCCGGGUUGCGACAGGGCUAUAAUCUAAAGUGAUAAUCUUUAAAAAUACGACCUAACUUCGCUGCAUUUGACCAGAACAUGGUGAACUUGACGUAAAAUUUUACUUUUAAAUAGAGCUUUCCAGCGAUGUAUGGGUCAAUGAAUUUACUCAGCACUGGGCGGCAGUUACGCGAUUUUAAUGGCUCUUUGCAGGAAUUUUCUAAUGUCAGUAGUUCCUGAUUGCGUAAAACCAACUGGGGCCCUCUUUUGGGCGGUCGUAUCCUGGAGACAAGACGUUUCCCAAGGAUGAUUUUGUGCUCGAUAGAAUGGUGAAAGGCUGCAAUUUUAUUUAGUCUGGUUUUUGUUUAUGAUUCCAUCGAUUCCAAGACUAGUAAAAUGAAAACCAAACUUUUGUGUUUACCAAAAACUGCUAAAACCUCUUAAGUUCCGCCCAAUGCCAAGUAAACCUAAAUAACUGUACACCAUUAAAAAGCUCUAUUUAAGAGGAACAUUUUCAAAACAUAUUUCAUUGCAAUCGGUUGAGAUGCGAAGAAUUUUUAAAGGUUUUUACUUUAAGAAACGGCAAUGUCGCAACCGCGACCAGUUUAAGGCAUCUCGGGAGCUACUAUGGUGUUUCAAAAAAUCGAAGGUCUGAAAUUUUGACAGGACCCUCCCUAAAUCGGUUUGCAACGGCAAAACACUGUUUUCUGAGAAAUUUCUGGCUGAUUCGAUGAUAUUUAGAGGUUGCGCCAGCUUCAGCGUGGAUUCGAUAAUUGACUAUUUAUAUAAUAAUUUUAUAACCAUUGAAUGUAGGAGAGACGCUCAGAAUUUUGCUUAACUCUGUAGACCCAAAUUCCGUGUAUUACGUGAUGGUAAUGUAUUAGGCCUUGUAGAGUUGAUGUCUUCAGCGAAAUUUCGAUAAAAUCGGCCUUCACGGAAACGUAAUCCUUCAGUUUUCAGAUUUUUAAAGCGUGUCCCAUCGGAGAAAUUGCGAUCUCAGUAUUGCCCUCUUCAGAGCUUUUUAACACAUGAUCGAGAGAUAAAGUGUCAUGAUAACAAAAUAACAAAUCGCAUCUCGCUGAAUUUUUUUGCGUACUCCUUUAAUGCAUGGUAAUUAACAAAAAAAUUCAGGUCUCAAACUUUUCUCUUUCUCGUCCCUUUAAAAAAAUCCUCAAAAUAGGGGAUUUCCCCGUUUCGUAGUUCACAUAUCUACAUCUCGAUUCAGUCCAAAAAUAACUUCUUUUCCCUUGAAAAUACAAAAAUUUUAGAAAAGUAGAUUAAUAAAGUCAUACUACGUCAGUUUUGUUUCAAUUCCGUGCUGAAGUUAAACAGAACUGGAGAUAAGCCCGGUUCUGUGAAGGCCAAUUUUUUCGAAAUUCAGCAGAAAACCUCAACUGUACAAGGCCCCCACGGAACCCAGGGUGGUCAAAAAAUUUGAAAAAAUGGUUUCCGUGCCUCUAUUGGAUAGAUUAACAAAUAACCAAAUUAAAAAAACAAAAGAAACCUCAGGGUCGGUCAAGCAACAGUCCCUGGAAGAUAUUGCGUGGAAUGACUCUUCGGCAAAUUCAGUUUGAAAACCCGUACGAAUCGUGCCUUAGUUGUCGACAUUUCUACAUACUUUACGCAGGUGUCAACCACUCAACCCGUCAUACUUUGUUUUUUUUUUCACGAGGAAUCUAUUUUAGUUGUUAAAAUUUCGAUCUAUCGAAGGCUUGUAUCGAUAAAUCAAAAUUUCUUGGGCUACACACAAAAAAUUGUUUUUUUGGAUAAAGUAUCGCAAAAAACGAUAUUUUAAAUCGAUAUUUAAAUUUUUCGAUCACAAAAAUCGAUUCCCUGGCUCAAAUUACGUAUCAUAACACGUAAAAUACGUGUCAGCUGUGGCUUUUCAAUCAUUCAGAAAUUAUCUUAUUAAAAAAACCACAGCAAAAACGAAAAUUUGAGAUUUAGAAAAUUCGAGCCCCAUGUUUUCGACAAAAGCGUUGUCCUAUGGAUCCAGGAUUUUUUUCUCGUCCAUUUGAUGCCAAUAGGCAACUUAUUUUCACUACCCGCCAUCGGAUUUCGAAAAAAAUCUUUUUUCGCUCCACCCUAGACUGAUGGGCCACAAAACAAGGCUGCCGCGACGCGCUACGUUGAGAAUCCCGGCAUUACGGCAACCAUCUAGUGUCCCAAUUGAAAAAUGAUCAGUAUAAGCUGCUUUGAGAGUAGGUGUCUUGCGCAUAAAAGUGUAUGUGGGCACAAGAUUACUUAUGCAUUGAAACCAUUAUUGCCUGCGGGUAUAUCACUAAUUAAUAGAACUUGAUUGAAUUCAUGCUAGAAAUUACCAAAUUCUUCUCGGAAA